CGCUGUCCUUGCUGCAACCCGCUACGACAGCCUCUUCUCCUUGGCCACACACCCUCCACACCACCCUCAUCCGCAUCAGAGUGCAAGUAACUCGUUAAUAUAGGUCGCUGGACCCGUCUUGUGUAGGCGUCGCCUGCUCUGCUUUCGUCGUUCGCGCAUCUGGCGUCAUGCGAUCCAAAGCACGAAGAGCUUGAGCCAACCCACUACUCGAACUCUACUUCAUCUCAUUGCGACGGGCGUAUUAUGACAGACAUCUCGUCGGUCAAGGCGCAUGCUGAUCCUCAGCCGGCUUCCGUCGCCUUCUACGGUGGUCCUCCACCUCCCGCCUUCGCCAACGGCUCUCCUGCUCUCGACGGCACCAUCGACGAAGAAGAGUCGUCGACCAUUAAGUGCAUCUGUGGCUUCUCCGAAGACGAUGGUAAUACAGUCCUGUGCGAGAAAUGCGAUACCUGGCAACACAUCGUCUGCUACUACGAGUCCACGCACCACGUUCCAGACGUUCACGAAUGCAGUGACUGUUACCCGAGGCCCAUCGACUCGAAAGGUGCUGCCGAGAAACAGAGACAACGACGGGAGCUACACAACACUGGUGAACGGAAGGGCAAGCCGAAGACAACUACGAAGAGCCACAAGAAGAGGGUGAAGGAUCCUCUGGGCUCGGUCCAACCCAACGGUUGGGCCGUUCAUUCGAACAAUGAACUUCAUUACAGCUCUGAACGGAAAAGCGGAAGCCCCCGAGAUCAGCCUCCACCAUACAAGCGACCGAAGACCAGCCAUCGGACCUCUGGAUCCGUCAGUACAAUCAGCCAGCCUCCCGCGUUGGCUCCAGGAUCUCGCAAGCGUGCCAGCUCAACCAUGUACAACGGACAAAGCCCAGCUAAAUCUCCCUCUAGUCCUGACGGCCCUUCAGCUGACGACUACUCACCGGAGUUUUUAAACCUCUAUCGCCAGCCGGAGCCUCCGCCUACCGAUUCCAAUUCUUUCACCGACAUCCGUGUUGCUAAUGAUAUAUCGUCUUGGCUCAAAGAUCGUAACGCUCUUUCUGAGUCCACAGGGGGAAUGGAACCGGCCCAAGUUUUCCAGCGAAUCGACAAGACAAUAGAAGAAUUCGAAUCUCUGGCGCCAACUAUAGUUAAACAGACAGACGAGGACAACAACAUAACUGUAAAUGGGCUCCACCCCCAAUGGCAAUACCUUGUUGUCGAGAACUUUGUACCGAAUGGUGGGUACAUUGGCGAACUGAAAGGUCGAAUUGGAAGAAGAGAAGAUUACUUCUCAGACCCCUCGAAUCGAUGGGAUCUCCUACGGCAUCCUGAACCAUUCGUUUUCUUCCCUCCCCACCUCCCUAUAUACAUCGACACUCGGCGCGAAGGAACAAUUCUACGUUAUACAAGGAGAAGCUGCAGUCCUAACAUGACAAUGAAGAUUUUGACACAGGGUGCAGAGAGCGGUUUUCAUUUCUGCUUCAUUGCACAGGAUGAUAUCCAGCCAGGCGAUGAGCUUACUGUAGGCUGGGAAAUCGACUCUGAGAUCCGACAGCGGCUCAACAACGCCGUCACUAACGGUGAUAUUCGGAAGGAAGGCUUCAAGAAGAUUGAGCCCUGGGUGGCAGGCGUUCUUGCCAACUUCGGUAUAUGCGCUUGCAACCCAGAGCUAAAGGGUCGCGAAUGCCUCCUCGACCGUGCUCGACGCCCUAACAGCUUCUAUGCAGAGCCCUUACAGCCUCUGAAGUCGACCAAAGCAAAGAGAACGAAGAAAUCGCAGAUAUCUCCACUCAGCACAGGACAUGCGACCAACAGCCGCGCCGGCAGCGAAGCCUACAAUCGCGACUGUUUGGAGGAUGAGAACAUGGAUAGUCGUUCGACAUCUGGCUCGCAUAGUAAGCCAGGUAGUCGCGAUAUUACGCCUAUGACUCAUUUCUCAGUAGAUGGAGACCUAAGGAUGUCGGAUCGUGAAAGGCGAAAAAUACAACAACAGGAGAGAUUAUUCGAGCAGCUGGAGUACGAUGAGCAACAUAAAGGCAGAAGGCUAAAGAGGAAUAGCGGCGGCUCCACGCUUAAUACCCCCGGCUUCUCAUCCUCAAAACAGCUCGGCCACUCAGAACACUCCCCGUCUGCCCGGAACCCUCGCGAGCACAGCCACGGGGUGGCACGCAAAACGUCUGGAAAUUCGACUAAGAUGAAUGGCUUUAAGACUCCGAAGUCGAAACCUGUUUAUGUCGACACCUGGACGCAAACGGAAGACACGGAUAGCACGGACGCACCUACGCCUGUACCGCCUCUGAUGCAUACUAGGGUGGGACCAAGGUCGCUCGGCUCACUUAGGUGGGGUGUCCUUCAACGAGCUCAAGAAACCAGGCUGCAACGGGAGCGAAUUCGAUCUGCGUCUGUGAAGUCUGAAGCCAAAUCACCCGCUCUCAGGGAUGUUUCUCCAAGCCAACCUUCACCUAUAGCACCACCGGAUUCGCUUGACGACUCUUCUGCAAUGGACGUUUCCGCGGACCAGACAGCCGAACAAUUAGUAAAGGAUCCACCUCCGGCUCCAGCGGAUGAUGUAGAGAUGAAGGACGCCGAUGAAGCCACCGCUCUCAGGCCGACAUCCCCCAAGGCCGAAGAAAUGCCCGACGCCCCGAAUCCUGAGCCUUCACUGGGAACCUCCCAUCCUCCCAUCCAGCCUCCUGCACCACCGUGGGAUGCUGCAGCUCCUACCGCACUAUCCGCCCAGCUUCCAGCAGUGACAACGACGAUAUCAUCACCUCAAAAACCCGUCGAUCUCCAUUUACAACUUCCCCAAACGACUGACCUAGCCCAUCCACCUUGCAAUAAUUCUGCGGUUACCCCCGGAUCCGUCUCAAGUAUCACCGGCGCUGUAGUCGCCCAAUCCCCAAUCAGCGUCGGCCCACACCCAUCACCUUUCUCGCCUUCGGUCACAAACGCGGUGAAUCCAGGUCCCGCACGCAAGAAACUCAGUCUCAGUGACUAUACAAGUAGGAGAGCAAAGUUGGCGCAGACACAAACACACCCCACUGUUGGAAACAGUACCAGUCCGAAUCCUGCUCUCCCACCCACACAGUCAACAAGCUCACCUACACUGUCUAAUUCGAGCCUGCCGAAUCAAACGAGCCCUCCUGCAAAACUGGCCGAGCCUAGUCCACUACUCGUAGUGACCGAAGAACCAAAGCCAAUGCAGCCGAUAAAUUGAGAGGAUCUUCUUUCUCUGCUCCUUCGGACAUUCCUCUUUGUUCACGAAACGGGUGCUUUAAGCGCUGGCCGCGGCGACGCGACCUUUUAGAUGAUGGC